GUUCAAUCUGCAGCUACUCCUUUUGAAUUUUGUCCGUUCGUGGCAGUAGAUUUGUUUAGGUAGACGAAGAGGUUGCAUCUGUCUUAAAGGACGAAUUAUCCGGUGGCCAAAGGCUUUGAAGGUUGAAAACCCUUUGAGGUCAGCCAAGAUGGAUCUUAACUUGGGUGUUAAGGCUCUUCUUAGCUGGAUUAACAGUAUAAAACUGUCUGACCGAGGAUUUACUAUCAACGAUUUACAAGAUGGAACAGUCUUUCUAAAAGUUAUUUCUAUGCUGAAAAAGGAAUCAGUCUCCUGUGUCAGUAAUUCCAUUGAGAAACGGUUUAACCUCAUUGCAGACUUCCUGGAAAAGGAGUGCAGAUUUAGUGAAACCAAUGGCACUUCAUUGUCUUGGGACAAAAUAAGAGAUGGCAUCAACCUAACAGUGGAAAUUUCAAAGGUGCUUUUGUUGCUCGUGUACCAUGACAUAAUGAAUGAGCGUUGCACCCUGAACAUGUUGGAAUGCGAAGUGGAGCGGGAGAUAGCAAACCUAACUGGUUCCUUUGUAAUGGAGAGCGAGGGCUGUGUUUAUCUGAGCAAUGGGCUUGAAGCUUAUUUAAAAAGGAUACAUUUGUCUGUCUCUCAUGAAAUAUUUGAGCGAUCAACAACCACCUCUACCUCCAGCUUGUCGACCAUUUCCUCACUGUCAGAUGACGAGUCCCCUGUCUUGCACCGUGCACAGAAAAUCACAUUCAUGGACAUGCAUACUGUGGCUUCUUCCUCAGUCAGCAAGUCUCCUCUGCAGGAUAUCAUGAACACACCUAAAUUUCAGCUGAGGAAGAUGCAACGACAGAUGAUCAGGGAGAGAGACUACCGAGAUGGUUUGGAGAGAGAGCUGGCCACCAAGCUUGCAUUCAUUGCACAGAGAGAGUCCCAUAUUAACCAGUUGCAGUACCGCCUGGAUAAGUUGAAAGAGGAGCAAGGUGAUCAAGAGCAGGUCAUCAGGGAACAAAUUAAUGAGCUUGAGACCAAGAACAAUGUGUUACAAAUGCGUCUUAAUGAGAUGUUAAAGCAAAAUAAAGACUUCAAGAGUAACUCCUCACUUAUGGAGCACAAAGUGGAUGAGCUGACAGAAGAAAAUGGUGUACUCUCUUCCCAGAUGAGAGCAGUGUGUUCACAGCUGGCCAUCUUUGAGAAAGAAGUUGACAGGCUGACAGAAACUCAAGCAUCUGCUCAGGAGGAGUGGAAAAGCAAAACAGGCCACCUAGAGUCUGAGCUCAAUCAGGCUACUGCUGAAAAGGAGCUUCUGACUGAACAAAUCCAGAUCCUCCAGGGAAAGAUUUCCUGUUUGGAGGAAGAAAUAAGCAGGGCUGCUAAGGAAGAAGUAGGAGAGAAUAUGGGGCCUGUAAUGGAGAGAGAAAUGUUUGAGAUGGAAAUCGGUGGUUUGAAGAAUGAGCUUGUGAGCAUGCUUAGUUCCCUGAAAAAGGCAGAAAUGGAGAUUCAGGUCAAAACACAGCAGCUGGCAGAAUAUCAGGAAGAAAUUACUCAACAAAAGGAUCUCCUGAAGCAACAGAAGUCAUGCACUGAAGAAAUUAUUCAAGCCAAGGAUGAAAUUAUAGACAAGUUGCAAAAGGAGAUCACUGAACAGAGAGUAUUCCUUCAGCAAGAGAUCCAAGAUCUCAAGCUUCAACUUCACCAAGUUGAGCAUCAGAAAACUGAGCAGACAACCAGACUACAGCAGCGAAUUACUGCUUGUGAAGCAGAAGUUGAAAAACUAAAGGAAAUUAAGAAAGAGAAGGAAGAUCUUCUCUGCCAGACUGAAGAAAAGGUGAAAGAUCUUGAGACAAAGUUAUAUGCUGCCAGUUCUCUCUUGGCUGGUAAAGACCAACAGAUUAACGGCCUUAAAGAAGAAGUUGACAUUCUUACAGAUGAAACAAAAAAAAACAAAAGUGAAAUUCAAGCCAAAGAGGAAAUGCUUGCCAAAUUACUUCUGGAGAAGUCUAACGAGCAAGAACAUUUUCACAAUAAAAUCCAGACCUUGACAGUCCAAGUUCAAGACCUUGGCUUGUCGCUCAGACAGGCUGAGCAGGAUAUUCAACUUAAGCAAGACCUACUAACUAAAACCCAGCAAGAAAAUGUUCAACAAAGGGAGAUACUCCAACAACAGAUUGUAACCUGUGAAGAAAAGGUCCAGCAGUUAAUUGAAGAGAUACAGGUCAAAAAUGAGCAGCUUGUUGUUCUAAAGAAUGAGGGCUCUCGACAGUCUGAAUCUCUGGAGCAAGAGAUUAAAGCUCUAAAAUGCCAACUAGGACAUCUGAAUGACUCUCUCAGGCAGGCAGAGGAACAAAUUCAGUCUCAAGAGGUAAUGCGUACAAAACAGGAGCAGGAAAGUGAAAAUCAGAAGGCGAUCCUGCAGCGACAACUCUCUGCUUCUGAGGAAGAGGUGAGGAAGAUGAAUGAGGAGAUCCGGAUUAAAGAGGAACAGCUGAUUCUGCUGAAGACUGACAGUUCAGCGCAGUCACAACUUCUACAGCAACAGAUCCAAGAUUUAAAGACACAAGUGGAGAUUCUACACUCAUCACUGAGGAAAGCUGAGGAGGAUUUUAAAUCCAAGGAAAAUCUGUUUGCUGAACAGCAACUACAGAGUACUCAGGGUAUGGAGGCACUCCAAGUGCAGAUGGUAGCAUCUCAAGAUGAGGUGAAGAGGCUAAAUGUAGAGAUCCAUGCCAAGGAGGAGCAGUUGGUUCUCCUAAAGACUGAGACCUCUACACACUCUGAGCUGCUACAGCAGGAGAUUGAAAGCCUGAAUAAACAAAUAGAAAAUAUGAACCGUUCUCUUGAGAUGGCCAAGGACCAGGUUCAAGCCAAAGAAGACUUGAUUGCCAAGCAAGAGCAGGAGAGCACUUUGCAGAUUGAGGCACUCGGAAAGCACAGUGCAGUUCUCGAGGAAGAGGUUAAUCGGCUGAGAGAGGAGAUCCAAACUAAGGAGGGUGAGCUGGACAUGUUAAAGGUCGAGAACUGCAAGGAGUCAGAGGUGCUACAGAAUGAGAUCCAUUCUCUGAGGGACAAAGUACAAAGUUUGAAUGAAUCCUUGAAGACUACACAAGAGCAGGUUCGUGCAAAAGAGAAUCUGCUGACUCAGAAGGAAAUGGAGAUUUCUCAGGAAAAAGAUGCAUUCCAAAACAUGAUGGCAACCUCUGAAGAGGAGAUGAAAGGGCUUAGGGAGCAGAUCAAGGCUAAAGAGGAACAGCUGGUCACACAAACUAAAGAGAGCUCCAUAAAUUCUGACUUGUUCCAGCAAGAGAUUGAAUGUCUAAAAAGCCAACUAGCUAAUUUGGGUGACUCUCUCAGAAAGGCUGAAGAGAAGAUUCAGACUCAGCUAGCUGUGCUCACCAGCCAGGAGCAGGAGAGCGCUCAUCAGAAGGAUCUCCUGCAGCGACAACUCUCUGCUUCUGAGGAAAAGGUGAGGAAGAUGAAUGAGGAGAUCCGGAUUAAAGAGGAACAGCUGAUUCUGCUGAAGACUGAUGGCUCAGAGCAGUCACAACUUCUACAGCAACAGAUCCAAGAUUUAAAGACACAAGUGGAGAUUCUACGCUCAUCACUGAGGAAAGCUGAAGAGGAUUUUAAAUCCAAGGAAAAUCUGUUUGCUGAACAGCAACUACAGAGUACUCAGGGUAUGGAGGCACUCCAAGUGCAGAUGGUAGCAUCUCAAGAUGAGGUGAAGAGGCUAAAUGUAGAGAUCCAUGCCAAGGAGGAGCAGUUGGUUCUCCUAAAGACUGAGACCUCUACACACUCUGAGCUGCUACAGCAGGAGAUUGAAAGCCUGAAUAAACAAAUAGAAAAUAUGAACCGUUCUCUUGAGAUGGCCAAGGACCAGGUUCAAGCCAAAGAAGACUUGAUUGCCAAGCAAGAGCAGGAGAGCACUUUGCAGAUUGAGGCACUCGGAAAGCACAGUGCAGUUCUCGAGGAAGAGGUUAAUCGGCUGAGAGAGGAGAUCCAAACUAAGGAGGGUGAGCUGGACAUGUUAAAGGUCGAGAACUGCAAGGAGUCAGAGGUGCUACAGAAUGAGAUCCAUUCUCUGAGGGACAAAGUACAAAGUUUGAAUGAAUCCUUGAAGACUACACAAGAGCAGGUUCGUGCAAAAGAGAAUCUGCUGACUCAGAAGGAAAUGGAGAUUUCUCAGGAAAAAGAUGCAUUCCAAAACAUGAUGGCAACCUCUGAAGAGGAGAUGAAAGGGCUUAGGGAGCAGAUCAAGGCUAAAGAGGAACAGCUGGUCACACAAACUAAAGAGAGCUCCAUAAAUUCUGACUUGUUCCAGCAAGAGAUUGAAUGUCUAAAAAGCCAACUAGCUAAUUUGGGUGACUCUCUCAGAAAGGCUGAAGAGAAGAUUCAGACUCAGCUAGCUGUGCUCACCAGCCAGGAGCAGGAGAGCGCUCAUCAGAAUGAUCUCCUGCAGCGACAACUCUCUGCUUCUGAGGAAAAGGUGAGGAAGAUGAAUGAGGAGAUCCGGAUUAAAGAGGAACAGCUGAUUCUGCUGAAGACUGAUGGCUCAGAGCAGUCGCAACUUCUACAGCAACAGAUCCAAGAUUUAAAGACACAAGUGGAGACUCUACGCUCCUCACUGAGGAAAGCUGAGGAGGUUUUGAAAUCCAAGGAAAAUCUGUUGGCUCAUCAAGAGCAAGAAAAUACUCAACAGAGGGAAACACUCCAAAGCCUACAAGAGAAAGUCAAACAAGCUGAGAUUCUGCAGAAACAGAUUUCUUUGCGUGAAGACGAGAUCCAAAAGCUUAAAGAAUCUCAAAGUAAGAAAGAAUGCUGCUUCCUUCAGACUGAGAGAGACCUCCAGAAACAGCUAUCGGCUAAAUCGGAAGCUGCGGAACACUACAAGGCACAGAUGGAGAAGGCAGUGAACCAUUACAAUGGCAAAAAGCAGCUUCUUCAGGAAAGCCAAGAGGAGGUGGCCCAUCUCAAACAUUCCUUAGAGGCUAAAGAGCGAGAAGUACAGGCCAUUGCCAUGGAAAAGAAGAUUCUUCAACUGGAUUUGGAGAAAGCCCUAACCAGUGAGAAGAAACUUGUGAGCACGGUGGCUAGUUUGGAGGCACAGCUGACCUUUGCUGACCGUAAACUGCGUGCACAGAAUAAGGUUCAAGUUAAAGAAGAAAGGUCAACAGAGACAUGUUUCUUUGAGGUUCCCGGCAUGCGCUCAGGUGUUCACAGUAGAGCACGUGAAGUGAAGAGAACCAUGAGUGCUGACAGUCUGGACCAGAGCUCUCUGGAAGAUUUUCUGGACUCCACAAGGAAACUCUCAGCGCCUGAUGAAUCAAGCACACCGCUUGUCCGCAGUUCAGAGCGCUUGGCAGAGAAACGCCGGGGUCUAUGUGCCGAGUCACUGGAAACCCUUUACUUUACACCAAUAAACAACAAACAGAUCAACAGGACCAGUACAGCGCACAAAAUGGAAGUGGAUUCAGCCUGUAGAAAUCCAACUUCUUCUGUGAAGCGACGCAGGACCACUCAGGUUAUUAACAUCACCAUGACCAAGAAAACCCCAGGUGGAAGUGAAGCUGAUGAAACUUUCUAUAGUCUGGCCUCCGCUCGCUCCCAACCAAACCUCUCCAAUGCUCCCUCUGCACAACCCGUGUCUAUGGAGCUCUUUGGCACACCAGCCAGAAUGACCGGCGCUGCCAACGACCAGCUCAUCGGUCUUCCAGGGUACAGACGGAGCGCAGUCCAUUCACAAACCACGAGUACAUUCUGCGUGGGGGCAGAGAACGAGCCAGACGGUGCACCUGACGAUUGGAUGAGGAUUGCUGAGCUCCAGGCCAGGAACAAGGCCUGCCUUCCUCAUCUAAAGAGCAGCUACCCUGUGGAGUCUGAGACCGGCCAUGGCAGUGUGUUCGUUUUUACAGAUGAAGAACUCAGAAUGGGCGACCCGUCUGACACAAUCCGUCGGGCGUCUAUGAUGCGCCAGCUGCAAGACUCUCUCUCCUCCCAUCGGCACUCCCUCAUGGUGGGACACGCAGGUGCCGCAGCCAGCAGACGUUCUCAUCGCAUGUCCUUGAUGCCAGGCCAGCUGCCAUCCAACACGGUCAGCUCCUCUCAUCUCAGGAGUCCGAAAGGGAUUAAGCGGUCUUCAUCUACAUUGUCCAUACAUCAGACUUCGCCAGAGAAAAGGGUGAAGGCCAGCUGCUUCCCCCGUCCACUGACUCCCAAAAACAAGAACGUGAACAGUGGGCCCUCCACCUCUAAGCUUCACCCUGCCCUCAGUCCAGCCGAGCGGAGGCAGUCUAUGAUGUUCACUGUUGAGAACACCCCUAAGAACAACAACUACCUGAGGAAAGGGCUGAACAAACUACGCAGCUCCACGCGGAAAUCCCCGGGCAAAAGCUCAAAGAAGUCGCCAGCUCAGACAUCUGCGCGCAAAUUCCAGGAAAACACACCUUCUGCAAAUUCUCGCACUGGAGUGGGGCGAGCAGGCAGAACUGGAAGCUCUCUUGUGGCAGCUAAAGGACAGAGGAAGUCUCCACGAGCCACCACCAGUACUGCAAAGUCUCCUGGACUGACCGCUAGUGCUCGCAAGAUGAUGAGCAGGAUGAAGGUGUGAGGACUGGUUCCCAAAUUGGAGUCCACAGUUUUACUUGAUCAUACUUUUUUUUCACUUUUUUCUUUUCUCAAACCCAACUUUGUUUUUAUUGUUGUCGUUGGGACUUUUGACAAUCUUGUCUUAAUCUGCCUUUUAUUUUUCUUUGUAUUAUAUUUACAUGUUUGUCAAUAAAACAAUAAAAAAAUUGCACAUUG